GCUCCAGCGGCGCGAGGCGCAGGCGCACUUCCACUUGGGAGCGCAGGAGCGCGGAUAUCCAGAACGGCACCGACGCGCUGCAUCACGAGGAUCAGUACAUCCGCGACGUGGUCCAGCAGGCGCACGCACGGAUGGUGAGCGCACAGCGCGCCGCAAAGCAGUCGACCCACCGCCUCGGCGCAGCGGAGGCGCACGCGGACACCGCGCACGGCGAAUUGCACAAGAGGGCCGCGGAGCUUUCCGUAGAAAACCAGGCACUCGCUGAAGAGAACCGCGUUCUGACACAGCGCUGCCAGCACGGCGGCCGGGAGUGGGCGGCGCUCGAGGACAGUGCCAGACAGCGCAGGGCCUCAGAGGAGGCGGAGUUCACCCAGCUUCGCCAGCGCCUGCACGAGCCAGAACACACCCACACGAUAACCACGGUUGCUGAGAGCCGCUUGGAGGAACGCCUGCUCAACGCCACCGCGAUGGUCGACGCCGCGCGCGACAGCAACGUGACCCUUCGGGAUGAGCUCCGACGGGCGCACGACGAGUGCUGCGACGAGCAAGCCGCGAAGUGGGAAGCCGAGGAUAAGGCGACCAACGCGGAGGCCGAGGCGACGACCUUGAUGGAUGAGCUUCCCCAGGCCCACAACGAGCUCCCCCGCGGCGGCGACGACCACGGCGACGGCAGCGACCACGUGGGCGCGGGCGCUGUGCCGGAGCAGCGCGUGCCAGAACAGCCCGUUGACUUCGUGCCAACGCUGCCCGCAGGGAACCAAGCUGCCAAUAACGACAAGAAAGCCAGUCUCCUCAAGAUGCUGAACGACAAAGCUUACGAGGAGAAGCUUAACCUGAGGCAGGAGAAGCCGAAACUGACAGCAGCCAACGCGGACACCUGCCGCGAGGAGCUGAAGAACCUCCGCUCGAUGAUGAUCCAAGCGCAGAUCGAGUCCAAAGACCGAUGGAUGAAGCCAGUCAGGGCGGUUGCGUCUGGUAGAGCGUUAACCGUUCUCAACUACGUCAUUGCCGCCAAGAUCGGCGCGGACAUCGACUGCGUUCAACGACUCCAGGGCGACCCCGGAUCUCCCAUCUGGGAGAAGGCACGCACUCUGAUGCUGGAACAGGGCCUGGUAUCCAACACAGACCCGGUCAAGAUCGCCGGGGAAAUUGAAGACUUCAAACAGAAGAUCGCUGGCACGGCCAUCAACGCCCGCCUCCGCGACCUACCGGACUUGCCGACGAAGGUCGAUUCCGACGACCCCAGCGAGAUCACCUUCACCGGCCGCAUCUACCAGUGGUGGAAGGGUCGCGUCUUCCACUCGCUGCCCACCGCCAGCGUCGGCGAGGGGGGCGGGCUGCUCACGCUGACCGCGAAGGCGAAGGCAAAGGCCCAAACCGUUGCCAAGAAGCUGCAGGAGAGUUCACUGACCGUCGACGCUGCCAAGCAGCGGCCCCGGGCAGCCAGGGGCGCCAAGGGCGGCGACAAUGGCGGGCGCCAGCAGCGGCAAGGCAACGAGGGCAAGCGGGGCCCGCAGUGCGCAACGCGCAAGGGUAACCACGGCAGCGGCAAGAUUUGCCCCAACGGAAUGGCCAAGAUGGGCAAGAACGUCGACGAUCUUACCGAAAAAGACAUCAAGUAUGGGCGCAAGCAUGCCGAGAAGCACGCGCGCUGCAACGGCGUCGGAGGCGGUGGCAAGGGCGCCAAAGGCAGGCGCGGGUCUCUCAACGUCCUUGACGAGACGGGGAACCACGUGGGGGCCCCAGAGAUCGACUUCGAGGCGACCCGCGCGUCGAUGACCGAGGCAGCUGCUGAGCUUCUCAAGCUGCCCCCCUUCAUGGAAGUCAACCCUGCGGACCCUGUGGGCCCCAUCCAGUACGCCAAGUUCGACUUCGAUGCUGCCGCGGCGCCCAUCCAGCCACGACUAGACGCUGGAACGACUGCGGUCAUCCAGGGCAUCACGGACCGGCCGCUGAAGAGCGUCUUUUUGCACUUGCGCCGCGCGCCUGGGAAGCAGGGCUUCCCAUUGUGCGCAACUUCUCCAGGCGGCGUCGCCUUCGAGUGCGAAAGCUCGCCGCGAGCGCAGCGCCUUCCACGGCAGUGGGGGCGUCGCACCAUCGAAGGUUUGCGACUCGAGUUCGCGUCGUCCAAGCACUGGGAUAACUUGCUCAUCCUUUUCCCCGAGCGCCCAGAGGGCGCGCCCAUCGAACUGGAGGUCGAGGAGACCUUGAUCCCGGCGCCGCCGAACUUCCGCCUGAACUCCGCCAUCUCCGCCGAGAUGCCUUCGACGUUGC